CGCGCCACUCCCCCACCUUCGACCGCCGUCGGUCACCCCCCCUUUCUCUUCUUCCCCUCCCGGUGUCCUUGCCGCGAGGCACAAAGGGACGCGCGCUCGCCCACGCGCCGCCCUUGACCUCGCUCGUCGCUGUCGUCGGCCCUUUGCGGGCCUUGUUACAGUGAACGAACACCGUUUGACCUUCAGCUAUAUUGCGUGACAUUUCGUGGAUUCUGUGUGUUGUUGUGUGCGAACUAGCGCGUGUGUGGUGUUGGUGUUGGUGUGGUGACUCAAGAAAGAAUAUUUUUGUUUGCUGAUUUUUGUGUUCAUCUCUGUGGAAUAUCUCUGAAAGAUGUCCUGACAGUGCUGUCUACCCGGAGUCAGCGGAAUGCUGAAAUGUACGCUGAGAUCUUAGCAGCAUCUUUGAAGCAUUAACAUCCACAAUGCACGUCGAAUACGACAAGGGCGACCUGGUGUGGUUCGACCCGGGCGUCGGCCACGUGCUGCCCGGGGAGGUGCUGGAGUUCCACCGGCCGGCGCAGGUGCUCACCGUGCAGGCGCUCAUCGCUGGGAAGCCUCAAGUGUUCACAUUAACCAAUUUAAAUGGCGUUCGAAAAAGACAAGACCUGGGCCAAACCGGCAUCGAGGAUAUGAUACAACUUUCAGACUUAAAUGAAGCAUCACUUCUCUGGAAUUUAAAAAUUAGAUAUGAUAAAGAAUUAAUUUAUACGUACACAGGGAGUAUCCUAGUAGCUGUGAAUCCCUAUAAGAUGUUUGAUAUUUAUGGCCUUGAUAUGGUAAAAAAAUACGAAGGCCAAAUUUUGGGAACAUUACCUCCUCACCUUUUUGCUGUUGGGUCAUCAGCUUACAGUCACAUGAAUAAGGAGGGUAUGUCCCCUGAAAAUCAAGUUGUGGUCAUAUCAGGAGAAAGUGGUUCUGGAAAAACUGAGUCUACCAAGCUUGUUAUGCAGUAUUUGGCUGCAGUUAACAAGGCACCUUCAAACCUUAUCACUGAACAGAUCUUGGAAGCAUCUCCUUUGUUGGAAAGCUUCGGGAACGCAAAGACUGUACGAAACGACAAUUCGUCACGUUUUGGAAAGUACUUAGAAGUGCAUUUCAAAGAAGGUAUCAUUAUUGGUGCCAAGAUCACAGAGUACCUGUUAGAGAAAUCUAGAAUAGUAACUCAAGCACCAGAAGAAAGGAAUUACCACGUUUUCUACGAGAUGUUGAAGGGAUUAUCAGAUGAACAGAAAGAAAAAUACGGGUUACAAACUCCUGAAAAAUACUUUUAUUUAAAUCAGGGAGGUAAUUGUGAGAUUGAUGGUAAAUUUGAUAACGAGGAUUUUCAGUCAUUAUUAUCAGCAAUGCAAGUGUUAGGAUUUACAUCCGACGAGCAGGACACAAUUUUCAAAAUUUUGGCAUCAGUUCUUCAUCUUGGGAAUGUUUAUUUUCAUCGGAAACAACUUAAACAUGGUCAAGAAGGUGUUGAGAUUGGUUCUGAUGCUGAAAUUAAAUGGGCAGGUCAUCUUUUACAAUUAAAUGCUGAUGGAAUAAAGCGGUCUCUGACCACAAAAACAACUGAGGCUCGUAAUGAACGAGUAUUUACUCCACUUAGUAUUGAUCAAGCAUUAGACGCUCGAGAUGCAUUUGCCAAAGCUUUGUAUAGUGCCUUGUUUUCAUGGCUUGUAUCAAGAAUAAAUCAAAUAGUGUACAAAGGAACCAAAAGAACAGCAGCCAUUUCAAUUCUUGAUAUUUUUGGAUUUGAAGACUUCAAAGAAAACAGUUUUGAACAAUUAUGUAUAAAUUAUGCAAAUGAAAAUUUGCAGUUUUAUUUCAACAAGCAUAUUUUCAAAUUAGAACAACAAGAAUAUGCUAAAGAAAAAAUUGAGUGGCAAACUAUUACUUAUACUGAUAAUCUCCCAGUGAUUCAUUUAAUUGCAAAGAAGCCUGUUGGAAUCCUUCAUUUGCUGGAUGAUGAAAGCAAUUUUCCAAAAGCAACUGAUUUAUCUUUCUUGGAGAAGUGCCAUUACAAUCAUGCUUUGGAUGAAUUAUAUUCUAGACCACGAAUGUCAAGUAUGGAAUUUGGAGUAAAACAUUACGCUGGACAAGUGUGGUAUAGUGUUGAAGGCUUUCUGGACAAGAAUAGGGAUACUUUGCGCCCCGAUGUUGUCGAGUUAUUAAUUAGCAGUAAAGUUCAGAUGGUUAGCAAAAUGUUCCAAAAUUUACGGUCAAGCCAUGAAGCAGCAAAAACUAUUAAUAAAGCCAAUGGCAGAUUUGUAACAAUGAAACCACGAACUCCUACUGUAGCUGCUAGAUUUCAUGAUUCACUCCAACAUCUUCUUGAAUCAAUGUCCAAAUGUAAUCCAUGGUUUGUACGAUGCAUCAAACCGAACAGUGAUAAAGCUCCAAUGAAAUUUGACAUGCCAAUUGUUCUGGAACAAUUAAGAUACACUGGCAUGUUAGAAACAAUACGCAUACGCAAAACAGGGUAUCCUAUACGCUUGAAGUUCUCACAUUUUGUUGAACGGUAUCGUUACUUGUUGCCUCACAGAGGCAAUGCUUUCCAGAGAGGAACACCUUACAGAGAGUUGUGUCGAGCUAUUCUGGAUUCAGUUGCUCCUAAAACUCCUGAGGGAAAUGAUUAUCAACUUGGCACUACCCGAGUAUUCCUCAGAGAAAAUUUGGAGAGGAAAUUGGAACGUGAACGUGCAGAUAUUGUGAAUUCUGCAGCUAUAAUUGUGCAACGGAAUGUCCGAGGUCUCCUAGCAAGAAGAAGAUACCAGGCAGCCAAAAAGAGUGCUGUUAUGAUUCAAGCUCAUGUCAGAGGAUAUAAUGCUCGUAAGAAGUAUGUGGUUCUGAGGAAGGGCAUUGUGCAAGCUCAAGCUGCAUUCAGAGGGAAGAGACAACGAAAGAGAUACAUGGAACUGAAGGAGGAACUAAAGAGAAGAGCAGAAGUUGAAAAAAUUGCCAGAGAACGAGCAAAGGCUAAAGCUCAAAGGGAAGAGCAAGAGAGAGUCUCUCGUGCUGUGGCAGGUGUGAAUCAUUUAGAAAUUCCAGCAGAAUUGGCGUUCAUUUUCAGCAAACUUGAUGACUGGCAGCCGUUGCACUCAGAAAGGAAUUUGGUGAAAGUGGUUGGUGGAGUUCCAAGUCACCCCGAGAAAUUCCAUUUGCCGCAUGACAUAGAUUAUCAUGCAUUCACAAAAUUUACAAAUGUCUAUUUUAAGUCUCAUCUAUGGGGCAUGAAAAGAGAACCAAUCAAAACUCCGUUUCUGGCAAAAUCAAAAGACAUUGAUUACCAAGAUUCCUUAGCCAUUUUUAAAUUAAUUCUUCGUUUCAUGAAUGACAAUAAUUUGAGUGGAAAAAAAGAAAUUGCAUUGGGAGAUUAUAUUGUUAAUAAGGGUAUAGUAAAUGAAAAAAUGAGAGAUGAAAUUCUGUGUCAACUUUGCAACCAAACAUGGAAGAAUGAUAACGAUGCCAAUAAUGAGCGUGGGUGGUUGCUUAUUGCCAACUGUCUUUCAGUGUUUCCUCCAACUAAAACCCUGUACAAAUAUUUAUUAAAGUAUGUGUCGGAUAAUGGAUAUAAUGGAUACAAAGCUGUCUGUCAACGGAAACUCUUACAAUCUGCUAGAAGUGAAUGUCAGGUGGCUAGAACUUAUCCACCCUGUUUGUUGGAAUGGAGAUCUAACCGUAAACGAGUAAACAUGGCAUUGCCAGUUCAUUUUUAUGAUGGUGAAACUAGAACAACUCCAGUUGAUUCAUGGACAACAAGUGAAGAGCUGGCAUCUCAUGUUGUCCGUGAGAGAGGAAUAAUGGAAUGUGAGGGAUGGACUAUUAGCUUGGAAGAUGAGACCAUUGUCAAAGAGACAAAUGGCUUGGAUUAUGUACUAGAUCUAGUAGCAGAAAUGGAACUUGCACCAGCUUUCCCAGCCUGCAAGAAUAGCUUUUUAGCGUCUGGAGAUGGUAAACAUCGAAGGUCCAAUGCAAAGAUAUCAACUUCUACACCACUUCCAGUGCAUAAUUCUCUGCCUAGAGAAAUAGAACCAGAAAUUCCCAGUACCCCAAGAAGACCUGCUGUUCCUCCUCCAGAACCUCCAGUUAUUAAACAACCUGUAAGAAGAAUGUCACAUGAAGUAAUUGAAGAAGAUGCUAUGUGGAGAGAAAAUGAGGAUAAGUCUGUCAACAAAGGUGGUAGAGUACGAUCACAAUCUCGAGAUCAUACUGUUCAAAUGGCAUUGUCAAGAAAAUCUGCUCUCAAUGACAGAUACUUUGAAAACAAAGGUCGAAGUCGAAGUAUGGAUAACUUAUUGGAAUCGGAUAUACCACCUCCUCGAAAACUGGAAAGUUUGGGAUUGUCUCGUAGUAGAUUGAAUGACAGAUACCACUCAGUGGAGAAAGUUAAUUUAACAACUACAAGUAGUAAUGAUGUAUCAAUGACAAUGAUGCUUACUGCUGUGUCAAACAAGGAAUACAUGACCAAAUCUGAAGCUCUUCUGGAAGACAAUUUAGAAUCAGUAUCUCAACGAGGUGAUAAUUCAAGAAAAUACAGUCUUAACAACAGCAGAGCUACUGAUUUGAAUUUGAAUGGCCACAGUCCUUCAUCUCCUGUGCUUGGUCAGCUUCCAUCUGACUUGCUUGAUACUCCUAGAGGAGACUUGGAAUUUGAUUACCAUGAGUUGGCAAGCCAAACAAGAAGUGAAGAUGAUAAAGGCAGUUACGUCAAAGGCCACCCAAGGUAUAUAAAAUCACACUAUGCUGGGAAAAGAGCUGCGCCAGGCAGCCAUUCUAGUCGUGCUUACAUUGAAACAAGAAACUCAGAAAAAUCUGAAUAUGGAGGAAAAUCUUCAGCAUUAUCUGAUACUAGUGAAGCACCAUCUUUAGCAUCACAUGUGCGAAGAGUACGAGUCCCUUCUCAGGCUUCAGAUGUUGAUCAGUUUUUGGAUGAUCUCUUCAUGCCUGUUCUUGAUGGGAAUUUGGAUGAACUAUCAGAUGCUCGCUCUUUGGCAGCUUCUAUUAAAGGAGGUGGUGAUCGCAAAGUUUCUCAAGCAAACAAUUUAGAUCCUGAUCACAUUGUUGACAAUGAAGUAGCAACACUUACCGGUUCAACAGCAUCUAGCAUUAGGCAUCCAAAGUGUCGCAGCCCUUGUAAUGUUGAAAAUGUAGAUGAUUACAUAACAGACUUGUUCAAACCCAUCUUUGUUAAUGAUAGCUUGAGAAGGCUCACAAAAGCUGAAACUCUGGCAGACUCAAUUAAAGGUGGUGGCCGAGGCGUUGGAGGAAUGGAAACUCAACAGAGUUCUGCUCAGAAUCAAAGUACGGCUGCUUUUGGAUUCACACCUAUUACUAGUAUGACAUCACCAACACCAUUAAUGAUGUCAGGGAUGAUGUCUCCUCCCCCAAUGAUGAUGCCAACAAUUCCUAUGUACAAUCCAGCAGGUCUCAGCCUUCCAACAUUUCCUUCCUCAGGAGUUAAUCAAGGUGCUCAAGCUGCAUCACCUGCCAGUAUGGAUAUUGCAGCAUACCAACAGAACUUGCAGCGUGCCUUCUUACAAUCUGCAAUGGCUCAAAACAUGCAGAUCCAGCAGCAACUGUUGGCCCAAAAUCAGGCUCUGCAACAAAUGUUACAGCAGCCUGCUGCUGUACAGCAACAGCAACAGCAGCAACCAGGGGUGCACGUGAUGAGCAUGUCUGGCAUCCACCACCAGAUGGCAGGGCUGCAGCCCUCUUAUGAUUCGCUAGACAGGAACUCCAAGGUAUCAUUUCGAGAGCCAGAAAAUGGUGAACUUUGGUCAACUGAGAAGCGUCAAACAACAUCAGUUUCUCAUCAACAAUAUAAUUCACCGAAUUUGGCAAAACCUCGAUUUACUACCCCUCAGCAACAGCACCAACAAUCUCCAAAUUUCACAAAACAAGAAACAACUAGAGCUCAGGUCCAUCGCCCUCAGUCUCCUCUUAAGGAAGCAAGUCCUCCUAGAAAGUUGAGUCCUACUAAACACCCUUCAGGAAACCCUCACACAGCAUUCACAAGUGUUUUAAGUGAAUUGAAAAACAGGAAGAGCUCUGUGGAAUCCACAUACUCCAUAAGCAAUAAGGCUUCUUCAUCUGGAGUAGCCCCACCCCCACCCCCUCCCAUGCCACCACCACCAGACCAUGGAGAUCCCUCAGAAGCAAGACCCUUUCUGGAUCCCUAUGGCAGGGCAAAGACUGUGAGAAUUGGGAAGUGGCGAUGGCCACCUCCAAAAGCGGAAACAGAAGAUACUUCUGAUAGCUUCCUGCAAUUUAAAAUGCGUCAGCAGCAACGGAAAACUACUCCCCAGCAACAGCAUUUAUCUGCGGAAUUUAUUGAAGCUGAAAGCAUAGAAUGGGAGGAAUUUGAAAUUGGAGGGUCUUCUGGAACAGCAAAUCCAGAUCGAAAUUCUUCUGGAAGUGCUGCUAUAGUUAGAAAAGAUAGUAAGGCAGGAAGUGGACAUCAUGUCAAAGAUAACAAGGGUGAUGGUAAAGAUAGAAACGCUAUUAAGGCAUUUGAAGUGGGAGCAGCAAGGCCUAGUCCAGGUAGCAUUGGCAAACUAAAGAUUAGUUGUGAAAUGAGAACAAAACUGGAGAUGGUUACAGCAAAUCAUAGCCUCAGGGCAACUAACAAACCAGAAAAACCAGGAGUUAUUCCUUCCAAACGAGAUGAUAAGCCAGUCAAGAAAUUGGAAGACAAUAGACGCCUCUUAUUAGAACAACAACUAGCUGGUCGUUGGGGCUCUGAAGAUUCAGUAGACGUGCCAUCCAGAGGUGUUGCAAAAGAAGAGCACUCGGACAUCCAACAAACCAAUAUUGUCAGAAGUCAGGUUGAGCGUAUGGAGAAAACUCCUAAAUUUGAGGAAAAGCCAACAAGUAAUGGUUGGGACAAACCAGUAAUAACAAAUAGUGGAGGUUGGGAGAAACCUCCUGCAACCAACAGUGGUUGGGAGAAACCUUCCCUCAAUACAAGUGGAUGGGACAAGCCAUCUGUAAAUAGCGGCUGGGAUAAAUCGCCCACCAAUAAUGGUUGGGACAAACCAGCUGCAAAUAACAGCUGGAGGCCUGCACCUCCUCCUCCACCAGUCACUCCACAUUUCAUCGAUUCCAGUCCUGCACCUCCAGUUGCAGCUUCCAGAGCUAGCAGUUUCUACUCCCAAAGCAAUACACCUGCGUUACCUCAUCCCCGCUCACCUCCACCACCAAUACAACCAGUGAAGUCUAGUCGUGAGAUGUAUAAUAACCAGCAUAAUGGUAAUGGAAGAGAGUCCUUUGGUAUUCAACAUAACAGCCAUGAUGUGUUCAACAAUGUGCAACAAGCAAACACCAGGAUUGAGAGAGAUAGACGAUCAUCGGCUUCCACUCAUUUAACUGAUAGAAUGGAACGGAUUGAAAUUGAAGAAUCUUCCGAAUUCCUGAAACCUGUGGACAGUAAACCACCAACGGAAAUUACUCGAAAUGACCUAGGUCGUAAUAUUGAAACAAUGAAAACAAAACUCUUUGGUCCCAGCAAUGCAGCAUAUUUUACAUACAAUAGAGUUUCUUGGAAAUUAAUGGUGAAAAAAGAGGUUUUUUCUCCCACGGAGACUCUCAGUAGUCCCCUGGCUCUACAUCUUGUGUUCUGCCAAGUUGUGCAAGACUGCCUUGGGGGUGGAUGUGUGCGUAUCAGCAGAGAGCAACGUGCCAAAAUGAAAAAGCUUCUGGAUAGUUAUGGUGUCACUUUGAGCAAUGUUCACUCAGGGCAUCAAAAAGUUACAAUUAAAAAGAAUGUGGUGGAUAUGGCCAAAGAUUGGCCCACUUAUUUUGCUAGAAUUUUCCCUGUGUCUGGAGGCCAUCAACACCCAGCUGUCCAGCACCUAGCUGUUUCACAUUCUGGAGUGAGGUUAAUACGUCGAGAGAAAAGUGUACCUGAAGAUUAUUUGCAAGUGCUGGAUACUUUUAGCUUUGAUGAAAUUGCUGAAACCUCUGUUCCUAAAGGAUGUGCAGUGCAAAUUGUGCUGAGUUCAGGGUCUCGAAUUCUUCUCUACACCCAACGAGCAAAUCAAAUUUGCUCCAUGAUUGAGAAGUACAUCAUGGAAUGUGAGAAGAUGCAUCAGAAGGCAGUGCCCAGAAUCACUGCUGACAACUUCCAGCAUGCUGCUGCAGUAAAACAAAAUGCUAAUGCUAACAUGCUUGAUGGCUGGACUGGAAGCAGAGCCUUGCAGCAGCCUCCACCUCCACAACAGCAAACUUCACCACAGCAGUCACAGCUGCACCAUCACCACAGUCAACAUCACCACCAUAUGAGUGCUCAACAACAAUCGCAACCAUUGCAUUCACAGCAUGGGCAACAUCAACAAAUGCAACAACAAGUGCAGCGCCAAUCACCAUCAUCCUUGCACCAGCAACAGUCAUUGACAUCCUCACAAGUGUUGCAACCACAUUCAGGCUCUCCAGUGCAGCAAAAUGAACCUCCAGAGUAUGUGGGACAGCAUGAUGGCAAACACUCAUUGCUUCAGUUUGCAAUGCUUCAUUUCCGACAAAGUCCAGAAAAGUUUGAAAUGUUAAAGACAGCAGAUGGUUCCAUUAGUGGAUCUUUGAAAGUCAUUGAAAGUCUCAAAAGUAAAAAAGGAAAAGGAAAGAAAGGAAAUAAAGAAAAUGAUUGGACAUGGAAAGAGCAGGUGGAUCUUGUCAAGUUCACUCCAGUACUUAUUGAACAAUCUCUUUUGAGAUUGGAAACUAAUGAAUUAAAUGAACUAGCAAUUGAAUGUUUCCUGUCAGUAAUGAGAUACAUGGGAGACAUGCCAAUGAUUCCUGAUGUAACAGAAGUAAAAUGUGUAUACACAAUUCUGAUGCAUUGUCAUAAACAUGAAACACUACGAGAUGAAGUCUAUUGUCAGUUAAUGAAACAAACAACAAACAAUAAAUCAACAAAACCUGACUCUUGUCAGAGGGGAUGGCGUUUAUUUAGUAUUGUUGCUGCAUAUUUUGUUUGUUCAGAUACACUGAAACCAUACCUAUUCAAGUAUUUGGAAACUGCUGCUUAUGACAAAAGACGUGCAUAUCAUGGUACAGCUACUGUAUGUUUACAUAAUUUGAGAAAAACAUUUAAGUAUGGAGGUCGAAAAAAUGUACCUAGUGUAGAAGAAAUAACUGCUAUAAGUGCUGGACGAAACUCAAAACGGCAAAUUUACAGACUACCUGGAGGAACUGAAAGGGUUAUAAAUACAAAAUCUACUACUGUUGUACAGGAUGUUAUUGAAGAAAUUUGCUCAGUUAUCAAUGUACAAGCCCCACAUGAAAUGGAGGAAUUCUCUUUGUAUUGCAUUGUGGAAGGUGACACUUUCACAAUGCCUUUGGCUAGAGAGGAAUACAUUUUGGAUGUAACCACAGAACUUCAUAAGAAUCAACAGGUGUUCUAUUUAAUAUUUUGUCGAUCUGUAUGGCAUUUCCCAUUGAGGCUGGAUUCCCACUUGUACAUUGAAGUUGUUUUCAAUCAAAUUGCUCCAGACUAUUUAGAAGGAUUGCUUUUGGUCAUGCCAGGCGAACAACUUGACCAGGAUGUUAUAUAUGACAUUGCCAAAAUGGCUGCAUUACUGCAUAGAGCAGCUGACAUGAAACACCUUCCAAGCAUGAAAGAGACAAAAUUUUUGCUACCCAAACCAGCUUUAACUGUACGUGAUGUAAAACCAGCUCAAUGGGUAAACAUGGUACAGAGCAAUUGGCGUGAAGUGGAAAGUCUUCAGACCAUUCAAGCCAAAGCCCAAGUUCUAGAUAUUCUUUCCAAAUGGCCAUUGUUUGGUUCAAGUUUCUUUGCGGUGAAGAGGAUAUCAGAUCCUAAAGAAAGAGCAGAUCACAUUCUUGCUCUAAACAGACAUGGUGUGCACUUCAUUGAUUUAGUGACUCAUGAAACAUUGAUACAUUAUCCAUUCUCAGAAGUUAUUUCAACACGGAAAGUUAAAUCAGAGGAUGGAACCCUUUUCCUUGACAUGAAAUGUGGCAAUUUAAUGCAGCAACGAAUCACAAGAUUGCAAACUGAUCAAGCUCAUGAAAUUUCACGCCUUAUUCGACAAUACAUUACUAUGGAGCAACGAUUACGUUCAUAAAAUUUUCUAAUAAAGUUUUUUAAAUUACUUUGAAUCACAUCACAUACAUAGUUUUCAAUUUCCCUUAAUUGUUUAUGCAAGUGUUGUCUGUCCUGGUGUUUUCAUUUCUUAAUACUGAAUUAACUUGUUUGAUCAAUCUUAAAUACAAACUGUUAUGAAGUUGUGUUAAGUGAGCUGAUAAGAAGUGCUUCAGUACAUACAACAGCUUGGUUGUGGAAUGUGAUUUCAUGUAAUGGUGCAUAAAAAAUUCAGUGUUUGGAAGAAACACACCAAGAAUUCUUACAUGCAUUACUUCCAUAGCACAUUACUUGAGUAGUGAAUGGCAAGUAAUAACAAUUUAAUAUGGAGGUUCUAAACUCUGAUGUUUUCUCUUCCAUACCCUUGAAUAAAAGUUCAAAUUAUAUUUUGAACUUGUGCUCAAUGUCCGAAUGGUGCCGUGUUGAUAGACUUUGUUGGAUGUAUUUGUAAAUAAGACUCGCCUUAGUAUGCUAUGUAUUUUUCAAUCUGUUUUCAAUUUAAUUCUAAAGUUUAUAAUAUUGUAUGAUGAAUUACAAUUAAAGAGACUUCUAUUACUGCUGCAUUUACUUCAUGUAUUGAAUGUUGGUUUAUAGUAAUGUAAAUUAUAUACUAUAUAUAUUAUAAUUGUCAUAAAGAAAAACGUACUCUGUUACAAAGCAACAAUUUUUCUAGAAUUUGUAUAUUUUCAACAAUGCACAAUAUAUUAUUGCACAUUUUAGAGAGAAUAAAUCAUAUUGCAAAUUUUUGUGGUAUUUAAAUUUAUGUUUUUUCCAGGAAAUUAUUACUGUUUUAUAGGAAAUAUAAAUAACCUGCAAGAUGGAUAAUAUGCUCUUUAUUCUUGAUAAAACUUAAUAUGAUGGAAGCAUUUAUUUUAUUAAUAUGUGGUCAAAGUUCAAGUUUUCUAUAAUAUUCUGCCAACUAUUACUAUUGCUGGCCUGUUGUUUUAUAGUAAAAGGAGAUAAACAUGACAACGUUCCAGUAUUAAUUGAAGUUUGGAGAUUUCUUAGCUAUAGUAGUAUAGCAGGUGUAUCCCUUGCAAGUUACAUUAGAUUUUUUUUUUAAUGUUAGACUGGAAUGUUUUCUGUGAUCCUUUUACAGUGGCCAUAUAGGUGUGUAUAUUAAUAUAUUAAAAGCUCUAUAUUUGUCAGCCCUUCAGAUUAUUUUUUUAUGAAUUUCCAUGAGUGCAGGAUGUUUGAUUUUAGUUAUUCAGAUCAAUGCUUAAAUAAUGAAAAUAAUUCACUUGCUGACAAAGAUGUGUCAAUACAUGAAACAAUGUAUUUUAUAUUACAUAAUAUGUUGUUUAUAAUAUGUUUCAGAUACUUUCUUUCUCCUUGAACUAUCUUACCCUAGCAGGUUCCUAGGGUUUUGUGAAUAAAUUAUGCUCUGCAUGAGAAAGAUGUCAUUGUAAUUCAUUGUAUACAUAACCAUGAAAUAUAUUUUAUG